AUGACUUGUUUUAGGUAGAAAACCAAGUAUUUUCGGUUAAUUUUUUGAGAUUUCAGUGAAAAUUGCCACGUCAUAGGUAAAAAAUCGUGUUUUUUUGCGAUUUUCAUGCUUAAAAUCGCAAAUUUUUUGAAUUUUCAGAAUUUCCCGCCACAAAAUGCCCCAACAAUUCGUGGAUUUCGCGGAAAAUGUGAGUUUUUUCCGUGCAAAAUUGAGAUUUCCGAUCAGUUCACCGAAGCAGCAAACUUUUCUCCUCGUUUUUUUGUUUUCCACCCAAAUUUGUGUGGUUUUAAGUAAGAAAAACCUCUUUUUUGUGGUUUUUCUCCAAAAAAGUUGGCUCAAAUCGAAUCCUAAUUUAAAACAACUCCCAAUUCAUUUUCUUUUCUUUUUUUCUCUUUUUUUUUUAGCUUCUUGUUACUUUAUUUUUGUGGAAGAGUAGGAGUUCUCCGGUGAGAUUUUCGACCAAAAAUUGAAGAAUUUUGAGAAGGUAGGAGAAAUAUGGUGCGAUUUUGUACAUAGGGGAAUUUUGAGAAGGUAGGAGUUUUCCGUCAACAUUUUUUCCCCGAGAAAAUCAAGGCAAUUUGAAUAAGUGGUCAUAAAACAUGGAUUUUUCUUCUUCUCAAUUUUUUUUGAACAUUUUUCCUACUUUGAAAAAAAAACUUGUCGAAAAUCAUUGCAGAAUUUGCCUACCUGUGAUAAAAUUUGAAAAUCUAGUCAAAAAUCACUGCAGAAUUUGCCUACCCUAAUGAAAUUUGGGUCAAAAAUCACACCGGAGAACUCCUACUUUGAAAAAAAAAAAGUUGUCGAAAAUCCUGACAUUUUUUGCCUACCCUCAUGAAUUUUUGCUGUCAAAAAUCACACUGGAGAACUCCUACUUUUGAAAAGGUUGUCGAAAAUCCUGACAUAAUUUUCCUACCCAAUUUGAAAUUUUGGUAGAAAAUCACACUGGAGAACUCCUACUUUGAAAAUUGAAAAAAUAAAAUGGCUGUCGAAAAUCCUGACAUUUUUUGCCUACCUGUAUGAUCUAACGAUUUUUCUGUCAAAAAUCACACCGGAGAACUCCUACUGAACAUUGUUUUCCAGUAGAAAAUGCCACUGGAGAACUCCUAGUGGCUGUCAAAAAUCCUGACAUUUUUUGCCUACCCAGCCUGAAAAUCUGGUCAAAAAUCACUGCAGAAUUCGCCUGAUCUCUCCUCUCUUCUCUUUUUUUUCAUUUUUUGAUGAACCAAUUAAAAAAAUCUGACAAUUGUUGUCAAUUUAUAUGUUUUUCCUCUUUUUCUUUUUUUUUUCAAAAAAAAAAAAAAACUUUUCUUUAAAAAAAAUCCGCCGCAGAAAAAGUAUUGUUUUUGGCGAAAUUUGAUACAUUUUUUUCCAUCAUCGAGUUUUUUCGCACAGAUUUUUUUUUGCAGACGAAAAGCUUGCGGCCCAAUGGAUGACGAGGAUUAUAAUUCGGUGAAUUCCGAUUGGGAAAGUGUGUCGGAUGAGCCGCCAAAACUCGAAAUUCCCCUACAAAAAGUGAGUUUUUCGGGGAAAAUUUGGGAAAAUUCGGGUUUGUCGUGAAAAAUUGGCCAGGAAACAUAUGUUUUUGACACGGAAAAUGUUGAUUUUUAUUGAUCAGAAGGUCGCGGGUUCGAUCCCCGGUGCCUGCGGAAUUUUUUUUUGAAUUUUGAGCCAGAAAACCCUGAUUUUUUGCAUAGAUCUCUUUGUUUUUUAUUGCCCAGAAGGUCACGGGUUCGAUCCCCGGUGCCUGCGGAAUUUUUUUUUUGAAUUUUUUUCACUCAAAAUCCAUGAUUUCGGACCAGUUUUUCACGGAGAAUUCGAUUUUCAGCACUAGAAAAUCUGAAAAUUUGUCUGAAAUUCCAGAUCUACAACGGUCAUGUUCCUCCAAUUGAAAUCACACGAUCCAAUUCACCAUGUCCAUCACAUUUGCCAUCACCAAGUCAGUUUGGGGAGCCAAAAAAAAAUACGAAAAAUUUUUUUUUUCAUCGUAAAAAUCCGCGCCUUGGGCUCUUUUCCCACGGGAAUUUUGAGCUGAGCAACAAAAAAAAUUUUUUUUUAGUUUUGAAUAUAUUUUUAUUGUUUUUCUUGUGAAAAUUUAUAAAAUAUGGUUCAGAAGGUCAGGGGAUCGAUCCCCAAUUCCUGCGAAUUUUUUUUCGAGUUCACCGUAAAAUUUGAGCCGGAAAACGUGGUUUUCCCGCAGAAAAACAUGGUUUUUCUAUUGAUCACAAGGUCAGGGGAUCGAUCCCCGGUGCCUGCAAAAUUUUUUUUUUGAAAUUUCAGAUUUUCAGGCUGAAAAAUGCCCAAUUUUUCACCGGUUCCCCCCAAAAAAAUCCCUGGGGACCUUUUUCCCCACUAAAAAAUGUCGCCAAAAUGGAUUUCUUUUGGCUUUUUUUUUGGCUUUUGACUUUUUUUUCCGGAAAUUUCCGGUGGAAAAUUUGAAUUUGAAUUUGGCGCCCGAAAAAAAGCGCGCGCAGCAAAAAAAUGGCAAAAAUAUAUAUUUUGAUUCAAUUUUUCUUGGCGCCGCCAGAAAAUCUCAUCAUUAUUUUUUUUUUUUUUUUUGUGUGUGUGUGGCUUGUGGAUGAGGCUUCUUAUAUUCAUUUUGAGAUUGAUUUUUUUGGCGCCAAAAAAUUUGGGGGGUACUGUAGGUAAUCUUGUCGAGACCCUGAAUUUCAUUGGAUUACUGUAGGUAUAUUUUUUCUGGGAAUACUGUAACAGUUUUCCCGCCAAAAAUUGAAUUUUCAAAAAAAAACAUUUGCCACGUGGAUUAAAGGGACAUACAGUACUUUUGAAAAAACUUAAGGCAGUCAAAAAUCUUGACAUAUUUCUCCUACCCACCAAAAUCGUUAGAAAUCCACAUAAGUUUAAAGGGACAUACAGUAACCUUUUUUUCAAAAAUCUACUGUAGAUCCAUUGACAAAUAUGGUCUCGACAAGAUAACCUACAGUACCCCAGCCAAUUUGCCACGUCUUAGGAUGUCAAAAAUCCUGGCAUAUUUCGCCUACUGUCAAAAAUGCUACCAUAUUUUCCCUACUUUCCCAUUUUUGGUGUCAAAAAUCGCCAAAUUUAAGCCACGCCCCCCUGUAAUAAAUCAUAUAAAUAAUAAUGAAAAUAAAAAAAUUUGGUGGUUUUUCAGCCCCAGAAAAAAAUAUUAGUAGUGUUUUCCGCUUCUUCUUCUUCUCCCAUUCUUUUUCAUUUUUUUCCUGCUUUUUUCUUUUUUUUUUCCGUCAUUCUUAAGUUGAUGAUGAGAAAAGAAGAGAAAAGAUCUUCUUCCACCUGAAGGAAUUUUUUCUCUUUUUUUUUUCUUCAUAUUUUCACCGAGUUUUCCACUGCUUGUUGUGCUUUUUUUCGAGGAAAAUUCGCAGAUUUUCAGCUUUUGAGCUGAUUUUAUCUGAAAUUUUUUGAUCUACAGUAACCCUAGAAAUUUGGGCCCUAUUUUUUGAUCCAAAAAAUAUGUGGCACAAUUUUUAUGAUCCACAAAAAAUGCAGUUCUACAGUAACCUUAAGGUUUUCUGAAACUUAGGGCCGAAAUUUGAUGAUCUAUUAGAAAUUUGGAAUUUUUUGAGCUACAGUACUCCAUUUGAUAUGAAUUUUGUGACCCACAAAAACUGCAGUUCUACAGUAACCUUAAGGUUUCCUAAAACUUAGGGCUGAAAUUUGAGGAUUUGAAAAUUUUUUUUAACCCUAGAACUUGUGGCUACCAAAAAUUUGAAUUUUUUUGAGAUACAGUACCCUCUGUGAUCUACAGUAACCCCUCUAAAAAUCCCAUUUUAAGCCAGAAUUCUUUGAUCUUUCCAAAAAAAAAUCAGUCCACCUACAGUACUCCUGUCCCUUUAAAAACCCCGUGAUUUCUUUUGUUAUUUGAGUGACUCAAACUUUUCGCCCUGCAAAAAUUUGCUAUCUCAAAUUUCAUAUCAACACUACAUUCCUGAUUUUCUCUGCGUCUCUAACGCGUAUAGAUUUUCUUGUCGAGACCCUACUCCUUUUUUACUGGUUUCUCUGCGUCUCUAACCCCCUUUCUCUCACUCUCUCUCUCUCUCGUUCCAGCUGAAAUAUUUUCCCAGAUUACUGUAAGGAUUAUCUUGUCGAAACCAUAAAAUUGCAUUUUUUUUUCACUGUUUUUCUCUGCGUCUCUAACCCCCCUCCCUCCUCUCACUCUCUCUCUGCGUCUCAAACCCUCUCUAUCUCUAGCUGAAAAUUCCAGAAGCGCUCCGCCAAAAAUAAAAAAAAUGACGGAAAGCUCUCCGGAGCCGCUGGACGAUUUGUAUGAUGUGGAGCAGCAAAAUGCACAAAAACGCCGUCCGGUCGUCCGUUGGCAAAGUAUGAAAGAGGAGGCGAGCAGUAUGCGACGUGUCGAAACUCUCCCCGAAAUGCACAAUCACUCGGAUGGUAGCGGUUCCGCGCCGCCGCAGCCGCGCGGAAGACGCGCGCGGCAUCGACGCAGACAACAUUUGAGACGUGCUAAUAAUAAUGGUUCGCGGUUUUUUUUUACAAAAUUCAAUUUUUUGUGCAUUUUCCGGGUUUUCUAGCAAUUUUCACAUGUUUCUUGGGAUUUUUUCGAAUUCCUGAUGAAAUUUGGAGAUUUUUGACACCCAUAUUGAUAUAUUUUUAAGAAUUUUGAAAAAUUUCACCAUGGUGCAAUUAAAGUUUUGAAUCUAGGAAUUCUGAAGUUUUCACGGCGUUUUAAAUGUGAUUUUCAGAUUUUUCAUGAAAUUUCACGAGUUUUGACACCCAUAUUGAUAUAUUUUGAAGAAUUUUAAUUUUUGGCGCCAAAAUUGCACCAUAUGGUGAAAAUUUUCAAAUUUUCUCGAAAUUAUAUCAAAAUGGGUGUCUAAAAUCUCCAAAUUUGUUGAAAAAUUCGAAAAUUUCAGGAAAAACCAUUAGAAAACCCUGUAUCGUGAGAUUUGGUGGAUCUUUGGUGCCAAAAUUGCACCCUAUGGUGAAAAAUUCAAAUUUUCACCAAAGUAGGUCAAUAUGGGUGUCUAAAAUCGUGAAAUUCCGUGAAAAAUCUGAAAAUCCCCCGAUUUCCACCAAAAAAUGUCUAGAAAACCCGGUUUCACGCAAUUUUUGACCCGAAAAUCUGAUUUUUAUCAAUAUGGGUGUCUAAAAUUGUGAAAUUUCACUGAAAAUCCCACAUUUUUCAGCUGAAAUUCGCUUUCCAAAUAAUUUUCCUUCAAAAAAAGCGUAUCAAAUCGAUAAACACUUGUCACACAUUCUUUCUUCUUUCAAACAAGAAAAAAACUUUUUUUUGUGCCAAAAUUUUGUUCGCGAACAGAAGAAAAAGCGAAAGCGGAGCUCAAAAAAACAACAGCUGGCAUGUAUGUUUUGAGUAGCCCAAGAAGUUUUACAAAAAAACAAUAUAAUGAAAUUGUCCAGGGGGGCUAAAAAUCUGAAAUUCACUCUGAAAUCGUAUUUGAAAUUGAGCACGCCCUCCAAAAUCCUGCCUAAAGCAUUGCUCAUGUCAGGGGGAGCAUUUUGAGACCAAACAUGCCUUGAGCGGAGCGAGUAAAAAAAAAUAUUGCUCAUAUUAAGGGGGCCCUGUCAAAAUCCACCAAGAAAAUCUGAAAUUUUUCCAGACGAAGAUGGCGAUUCGCACGGCAGCCUACAGCACAGUUUUCUACGAGUUCCAGUCGGAUUAUCGGGCAGAUCUUCUCCAUCGAUUGCAUCGAUGGGUUCGGAACCCGAGUCUUGUAUUGAUGACACACAGUUUCUGAGCGAUGAUGAUGAGAUAGGUGGGUUCUGGGGGAGAUUUUGA